UUUCCACAUAAAGAAUUCCAAAAAGAAAAUGGCUUUACUCAAAAUGGGCAUAGUUCCAGACUAGAUCUAGAGCUCAGCUGUCGGUUGCUACUUAGCUUCUACUACUUUUUACACUGUUAAGCUCUGAGUUUUGGUUGCCAUGGCCACAGGUUCAGUAGUCCCAUUGCUCUUCCUAGCCAGAAUCUCUGGGCUUUUGGUUGCAGUGCUGGUCUCGAUUUGGGCUAUUUCAUUCAGGUCCAGCUUUCAUCAUCACUCUUCUGAGUCCUCUCCCCAAGAAGACCAGGGCAUCACCUAUUCAGCUCUUCAUCCUUUGUUCACGGUCAUUGGCUUUAUUCUCAUCAGUGGAGAAGCAAUUUUGAUACAUAGGUGGUUGCCUGGUUCAAGAAGUUUGAAGAAAUCAGUGCAUUUGUGUCUUCAAGGUGUGGCUUUGGCUUCUGGGAUCUUUGGGAUUUGGACCAAGUUUCAUGGCCAGAAGGGCAUUGUGGCUAAUUUCUAUAGUCUUCAUUCUUGGAUGGGUUUGAUCUGCAUUCUCUUGUUUGGAGCUCAGUGGUUGGUGGGUUUCUUGAGCUUUUGGCAUAGAGGGGAAGGGCGCACGGUAAGGCAAAGGGUGUUGCCCUGGCAUAUCUUCCUUGGGCUCUACACUUAUGGUUUGGCAGUGGCUACAGCAGAAACUGGGCUUUUGGAGAAGUUGACAUUCUUACAAACAAAUAGGAAUGUGUCUAAACACAGCCCAGAGUCCAUGGUUGUUAAUAGUUUAGGGCUUGGGUUGGCCGUCCUCAGUGGCAUUGUAAUAUUGGCUGCAGUAUCACCCAAGUACCAACCCAUUCAAACUAAACUCAUUUACUCAGAUACCAAAAAAUGUCCAUCCUGUUAAUAUACUGAAUUGAUCUUAGUGCCAAUGGGCUUUCUUUAAUGCAAAAUUUUAAAAUUAUUUUGGCCCAUGCAGCUCUUCUUCGUGUCAGAACCCCGUUUAACCUCUCAAGGCGCAU